GUAAGUACUUCUGGAAGACAUUUUGUCCAACAUCUGGAUGACUGCGGCGUCAAGCUCUAUCAAAGCAUUAGCGCCACCCAUAUAACACGAAUAUACAAUUCUCCGUAUGGAUGAGCCACUGUGUUGCGCACUCACCCUCCAAGAUAGACAGCUUGUGAGAGGGGCUGGAUAUCGUAUUGUCAUUAAAUGGCCCGAUUCUAACUCCAUUCUAUACCAAUAUGUAUGAAAAAUGGCUAACAAGCCUUCAUUCACAGAUUCAAGAUGCCUGGAUUUUCACAAGCAAUUGAGCUCGAUGCGUGGCAGGAGCUCCAGAAGCAUCACCAGACUCUUGGAAAGGACAUUGUCUUGAAGAACUACUUCGAGAAAGAUCCCCAGCGCUUCCAAAAGUUUUCUCACACCUUCAAGAACGAUGCAGAUGGUACCGAGAUCAUAUUCGACUUCUCAAAGAACUUCAUAACUGAGGAGACAAUCCAACUACUCACCAAGCUUGCGAAGGAGGCAAAACUCGAACAGCUUCGCGAUGACAUGUUCAAGGGAGAGAAGAUCAACUUCACCGAAAAGAGAGCCGUAUACCAUGUUGCUUUGCGAAACACCAGCAACCAGCCAAUGGAAGUGGAUGGCAAGAGCGUUGUUGAAGGCGUCAACGAUGUACUUGAGCAUAUGAAGGAAUUCUCCGAGCAGGUCCGUAGCGGUGAAUGGAAGGGUUACACUGGAAAAUCUAUCAAGACCAUCAUCAACAUUGGCAUUGGUGGAUCCGAUCUUGGACCUGUGAUGGUUACUGAGGCUCUUAAAGCCUACUCAAAGAGAGAUCUCACCACUCACUUUGUUUCAAACAUCGAUGGCACUCACAUUGCGGAAGCUCUCAAGGACUCCGACCCUGAGACUACGCUUUUCCUUGUCGCCUCCAAGACUUUUACAACUGCCGAGACCACUACGAACGCGAACACUGCGAAGAGCUGGUUUCUAAAAUCCGCAAAGGAAUCUGACAUUGCCAAGCACUUCGUCGCCCUAUCCACUAACGAGUCUGAGGUCACUAAGUUUGGCAUCGACAAGAAGAACAUGUUUGGAUUCUCUGACUGGGUUGGUGGUCGCUACAGUGUUUGGAGUGCGAUUGGCCUGAGCGUGGCCUUGUACAUUGGUUACGACAACUUCCACCAAUUCCUCGCUGGUGCUCACUCCAUGGACAAGCACUUCAAGGAGACUCCUCUAGAAAAGAACAUCCCCGCUCUCGGAGGUCUCCUGAGUGUUUGGUACUCCGACUUCUUCGGUGCUCAGACGCAUCUUGUUGCCCCAUUCGAUCAAUAUCUCCACCGCUUCCCUGCUUACCUUCAGCAACUGUCGAUGGAGUCUAAUGGUAAGGCAAUUACUCGCUCUGGCGAAUAUGUCAAGUAUACGACCGGCCCAAUCGUUUUUGGCGAGCCUGCGACCAAUGCUCAGCAUUCCUUCUUCCAGCUUCUACACCAAGGUACUAAGCUGAUUCCUACGGACUUUAUCCUUGCCGCACAGAGCCACAACCCAGUGGAGAACAACAAGCAUCAAAAGAUGCUUGCCUCUAACUUCUUCGCACAGUCUGAGGCGCUCAUGGUCGGCAAGACCCCUGAGGAGGUCAAGGCUGAGGGUGCUGCUGAGGAACUUGUCUCCCACAAGACUUUCUUGGGCAACCGCCCAACCACUUCAAUCUUGGCUGAUAAGAUUACUCCGGCUACACUUGGUGCUUUGAUCGUCUACUACGAACAUCUGACCUUCACUGAAGGUGCUGUAUGGAACAUCAACAGCUUCGACCAGUGGGGUGUGGAGCUAGGCAAGAGCCUUGCCAAGAAGAUCCUCACCGAGCUAGAUGAGUCUAGCGAAUCUACUAGCCACGACGCAAGCACCAAUAGCCUCAUCAACGCCUUCAAGGCCAAGUUGACUUGAAUGAGAGCUUAUCGAGUAGUUAUGACAGGGCUUGACCCUCGUGAAGUGAGAAGCCACGAAUGAAAAGCAUAUAUAUUCGAAAUAUCAUGACUCGGAAUGCCUUUCUAGCUAUCUGUACCGUAGAUAGCCUCCAAUAUAGACUUGGUUCAAAGCAAUGGAGAUUGCUAUGAGUAUUC